AUUGCUGGUUUGCUUCCCUGAAGGUUAAUUGUCUCCAGUUACACCACCAUGGAUGAACUGCAGGAUGUUCAGCUGACGGAGAUCAAACCCCUUCUCAAUGACAAGAACGCUGCUCGUAACUUCCAGGACUUCGACUGUCAGGAACAUGACAUUGAGACAGCGUUUGGAGUGGUCCACGUCACCAUGCGGGGCAUUCCAAAGGGGAACAGACCCGUCAUCCUCACGUACCAUGACAUCGGCCUCAACCACAAAUCCUGUUUCAAUGCAUUUUUUAACUUUGAGGACAUGCAAGAGAUCACCCAGCAUUUUGCUGUGUGCCACGUGGAUGCACCCGGGCAACAGGAAGGAGCCCCCCCGUUCCCAUCUGGGUACCAGUAUCCCAGUAUGGAUGAACUGGCUGAAAUGCUCCCUGCUGUUCUGACACACCUGAACCUGAGAAGCAUCAUUGGGAUUGGCCUGGGAGCUGGUGCUUAUGUCCUCAGCAGGUUUGCGCUCGGGCACCCAGACUUGGUGGAAGGACUUGUGCUCAUUAACAUUGACCCGUGUGCGAAGGGCUGGAUCGACUGGGCAGCAUCCAAGUUUUCAGGCUGGACAACCAACAUAGUGGACAUUGUCUUGGCACACCACUUCGGCCACGAGGAACUGCAAGCAAAUCUAGAUUUGAUCCAGACAUACAGGCUGCAUAUUGCACAGGACAUUAACCAAGACAACCUUCAGCUGUUCCUCACCUCAUACAACAGCCGUAAAGACCUGGAAAUUGAGAGACCAGUUCUCGGCAUCAAUGAAAAUACAGCAAAAACACUCAAGUGCCCUGCCUUGCUUGUGGUUGGUGACAGCUCCCCGGCGGUGGAGGCCGUGGUUGAAUGCAAUUCGCGGCUGGACCCAACCAAGACCACCCUUCUGAAGAUGGCAGACUGCGGGGGCCUACCCCAGGUGGUGCAGCCUGGGAAGCUGACUGAGGCCUUCAAGUACUUUGUGCAGGGAAUGGGCUACAUCCCUUAUGUGCAGCUCAGCCGCCUAAGCACUGAGUCAGUGCCAGCAGCCAGCAUGACGAGGCUGAUCCGCUCGCGCACCCACUCCUCCUCCAGCGUGGGCUCCGGGGAGAGCGUCCGCAGCCGCUCGCACACCAGCACCCACGGCGAAGGCAGCGUGGGCACCCCGGACGCCAUGGAUCUCCAGGAAGCACCGCAGACCAUGGAAGUGUCCUGUUAAGCAGGAGCCCUUCUUCUGGAUUCAGACAACUCCAGUUGCCCCCACUGAACCCACUCAGAAUCUAGCAUUUCAUCCUGCUGGCAUUAACUGUUCUCUCUAACUUGUGCAUGCCCAUCUGAGCUGCCACCUCCCUGGUAGUCUGUACUUGACAUUACUUUGGUCCCUUCUGUAUGCCCUUGGCAUCAGAGCCCCUUUAAAUGUCAUUAACAUUCUGCAGUCCUAGUAAGUCACGUUACUGUACAUGCUGAAACCACCUCUGUCUGUGCUGUAUAUCAAUCCAGACAACAGCCAUUGUCUCCCCCUUUCAUUUAAAUAUAAUUUCUGUGGCUUUGUGAGGUUUAGAAUUGCUUCCUAGUUGUGCUUCUGCUAAAGGACCCGCGUGGUGCGGUGUG